CGUGCCAUGGUGUACAGAACGCGCGUACACCAGCGCCCGCCAAGUAUCACAACUGCGGCUCAUGUCCCGUAUCCCUACUAUUCCACUUGUAUAAUUGCAACGAGCCGUUAUUAUACCGCCAUGUCUUCCGGGAUCGGAACGUUUUCCAGCCCUGAACGGCAUCCCGCUUGACAUGUGUGGAAUAAAAUAGUGGGCGGCGAUAGUGAUACAGGGGGAGCUCCACCAUGACCCACAAACGGAAAAUAAGCAGGCCGACACCCGAUCUUGGCAGGUGCCGAGGCGGCAGCAAAAGGUGGGGGUUAUUUGGGGCACAGCAAGGGUCUCGAUAUUAAGCACAUGGUGCUAAGGGAAGCCAAGAAACAACAUCAUCUUAUGAAGCCCAGCACGUGUCUCUUGUGCCUCCAACGUUUCUCCUACCCUCCAAUGAGUUGGCCAUGAUAGCCCACGGAUAACGGACGUGAAAGUCUCACACGAUAACAAUUGCUUGGGAGCUCGCUGAGAACGGCAUCUUUAAGCUUGUACCUGUCAGGCGUGGGUUCUGGAAACAUGCAAGCGAAGACAUUGCAUCGUAGAUCACUCUCAGUAUCUACGAUCCUUGCGCUCCACGAGCCGAUCACGGCUGCGUUGAAGGGAUGGAAGACUGAUUAGAACAUCCUUGGGAGCUAUAGCUCGGGAAUUUUAUAUUGCUUUUGCAUCAUGGCUUCGUCCCUACAUAAACAGAGGUGUGACCUCGCCAUAAACCCCUUCUCACUAUCCCAUCCAACCAGUCCGCUCGUUUAAAGCUGCGAUGAAGUCCUUCUCCUUCGUCCGCGACGUCGUCGUUGCCUGCGGCGUGCUGCAGUCCGUCGUCCAUGGCGCAACUGUAGCACUCCAGGUCGACCUCCCCAUCUCCGCCAGCACCCCGGAUGUCGAAUCAGACAUCUCUGCCGUGUACUACUCCUCCCACCCACUUCUCUUCGGCAACGAUGGAUCAGCAGCAACAGGUGGCUAUCACGCCUGGUCCCUCGACAGCAAUGCCGCGAUCCUGCCUGAGGUUUCGGCCAAGACGGGCGGCAGGUCGAAGCUCGUGGUGCCUGUGUAUGGUGUCGGGAAGAAGGAUUUGAUUAUCACGAUCGCGAUGCCAGAUAGUGUCUUGCGUGUCUUCGAUGCUGGGAACAAGGGAGCCCAGUUGGCCGAGAAGAAGAACAUUGGGGAUUGGUCGGCGUUGUGCCCAUGGAAGAGUGCUGAGAGUGGGAACCAGUACUUUUAUAUGUUUGGCAAGAAGCAGGCUAUUCAGUACCUGGUUAGGCAGAGGGAGAAGAAGUUUGAGGUUGUUGAGAUUCAAACCUUUGAUCUGCCUGUGGAGGCUUCGGCUUGUGCUGUGUCUUCGAAGUCUGGCCUUGUCUAUUUCAGUGGCGACGACAGCAAGGAUGUGUACGCAUUCAAAACUGCAGAGAGCACUGCCGCUGCCACUAUCAGUGUUAUUGGAGAGGCCAGUGAUGAUGUGACUGGGCUCGCCAUUUAUGUUGGCAAAUCGUCCGAUUACCUUUUCGUUGCUCAAACAGACGUUGUUGGUGUAUACUCAACCAAGUUCAAGGCUAUAGGCUCUAUGAAGAUCACCGGUGUCGAGGAUGCCGAAAUUCAAGGCCUGUCGGUAUAUCAAGGAAAGACAAAGAAAUACCCCGCGGGCGUUUUGGCAUUCGCAAUCGAACAUGAGGAAGGAAAGGGCUUCGCCAUCGGUUCCCUCCAAUCUGCUUUCAAAUCACUGAAAUUAGAUGUCAACACUAACUACAACCCGAGCGCUAAGACCGAUGAUAAAGAGACCAUCUGCGACGACUGCAACGAUAAUGGCUUUUGCGUCAAAUCGCCUCGCAGGUCGUCUAGCAAGACCUGCUCCUGCUUCGCUGGCUUCACAGGAAAAUCUUGCAAAUCAGUCACCUGCACCGAUAACUGCUCUGGCCACGGAAAAUGCGUCGGAGCCAAUGAAUGCCGCUGCGACGCCGGCUGGGGUGGUCUGCACUGCUCAUUCCUGCUUGUUGCGCCAAAGAUCGAGACCGAGGCCAAUGGCGGCGAUGGUGACGAUCCAGCUAUCUGGAUCUCUCCCAUCUCCCCCGACCAGUCCCGCAUUGUCACAACCACAAAAUCCGAAUUGGGUGCUGGUCUCGCAGUAUUCAACCUCGAGGGUAAAAUCCUCCAGACCCUCCCAGCAGGCGAGCCUAACAACAUCGACAUGAUCUACGGCUUCGAGCUUGGCAACAACCGCACCGUUGAUCUCGCCUACGCCGCUUGCAGAAAGGAAAACACUCUGUGCCUCUUCGAAAUGAGCGCCAAUGGCACCCUCUCCAACAUUUCCGGCGGCGAGCAGCCCGUCGUCGACGACUACGACGUCUAUGGCUCUUGCUCCUACCGCUCCCCCAAAACGGGAGUUCAGUACCUCUUUGUCAACAACAAGAAGGCAGUGUACCUUCAGUACGCCCUAACCUCCUCUUCUAACGGAACCCUCUCCACCACCCUUGUCAGGCAGUUUAUCGCUGGCUCAGGUGGCCAAGUCGAGGGUUGCGUCACUGAUGAAGAGAACGGUUUCCUCUUUGUCGGCGAGGAGCCCGAGGGUCUCUGGAGAUACGACGCCGAGCCCGACGUCGCCGCACCCAAGGGCGUCAAGGUCGCCAGCGUAGCCACUUACCCUAACCACAAAUCCGGGGACCUCUACUCCGACGUCGAGGGCGUGACGCUUGUCCCUGGGAAGACGGCCACUGAGGGCUUCCUCAUGGUCAGCUGCCAGGGCGUGUCGGCCUAUAAUGUGUAUGAGCGCGCGCCGCCGCAUGCGUUCGUGCAGACAUUCACUAUUACCGACUCCACCGAUGGGAGCGUGGAUCAUGUCACUAACACGGAUGGUAUUGCGGUUGUUGGGAACAGACUUAAUGCGGCGUUCCCUGCUGGAUUAGUUGUGGUGCAUGAUGAUGCUAAUGAGUUGAAGGGAGGGGGAACGAGCGAGGAGGCGAGCUUUAAGCUGGUUAGUUUGGCGGAUGUUUUGAAGGGGGGGUUGUUGGAUAAGGUGGAUAAGGAGUGGAAUCCCAGGGCUUGAUAGUAUGGUACAGGAUGGCCAUAGGGGAAUUUGUGAUAAUAUCUUUUUGGAUUAGAGUUGAGGCCUGCCUUAUUUGAAAGGCCUCAAUUUAUGUAGCAGAGCGCUGAACGCCAUAUACUAAGAACCCCCUCAAAGCUGUCUUGCC